GCCAUUUCAACUUAUCCUAUAUAGAGGAGUAUUCGCACGAGAAUCAUAAUGGACAACCUAACCGCAUUUCUCAAAAACAUAGAUCGCAGCAAAAUCGAUGAGGCUUUGGCACUUCUGCAAAGCCUGAGGAAUGACGAGCCAGCUCAAAACGGAGAAACGACAGCCACAAAACCAGCAGACACCUCUUCCUCUGCCGACGCACACCCACCGAAAGCCAACAGUACAAAUCAAAGCGACGCUGAACAAAACCCUCACGAGCAGGCUGCUACUGCUUCUUCUGAGGGCGUAGAGUCACCAUCCGUAGACGAUGACGAUACACCUCUUGCUGCUUUGGGACGAGUGCUUUCAACGGACGAGAAGAAAGCCGCGCGCGAUACUCAAAAGGCUGAGAAGAAUGCCGAGCGAGAGGUACGUAGGAAGAUGAGAGAGGAGGAAAACAAUCUUACGAAGCUGGAGGCCGACAAUCGUAAAGCGAUCGGUGAGGAGGAGAAAGAUGACCGUCGAUCCUUGCGUGAAUCGGAGCGCGAGUCGCGAAGAGCAACAAAAGAAGCCGAAAAGGAAACUCGCCGUAAGGCGCGAGAGGAGGAGCAGGAGGCUGAGAAGGAGCAGCGCCAAAAAGCACGCGACGCGGAGCUGGAAGCAAAACAAAAAGCACGAGAGGCCGAAAAAGAAGCUCUUAAGGCUCCGAAAGAAGCUCCCAAUAGUCUCGCCGUCUUUGGUUUUCUCAGCAGCGCUGUAAAGGCAGAUAACAAAAAGAACAAACUCUUUUCGAACUUUGUGCAAGACAAGCGCACAGUGCCGGCCGCCUUACAGUUUUGGACGCAUCACGAAGCAAAAGACAAUCUCAACGAGGAGGACGCCUCCGUUAUCGACGUUCCUGUUCCUGAGGCAUACAAAGGUACGUACCACGACAUAGAGAGUAGCCGAAGUCGCUUCGUGGAUGAGGAGUCGUCUCUGCUCCAUCCGCCGAUGUUCGUCGAGCCAGAUGUUUCCAGCAAAAGAGAAGUGUGCAUCCGUGAUUUUAAUUCAAUGAUUGAGGCCUCUAAUACGCUAAAGAUUCAGCCGCGCGAACUGCUUCGCGAAUGCGGAUGCGCGUUUCACGUUGCUGCUGAAGAACCGUAUCCCUCGUUCGAUAACGAAGUGAUAUUCUCCGGUUUCUUCGCGAUCGGCUAUGAUCCUUGUCAGUCUCGUCCACCGUACUUCGGGACGUACAAUCACCUCCAAGAAGGCAACCUAAACGAGGCCGAGCUGCUGCAGAUGGCGCGCUUUGCACCAGGGCAAGAGAUUCCUCGUCUGUCAAACAUUGACUACGAUUACGAUUCUGGGGACGAUUGGGACGUCAUGGAGGGAGAUGAGGACAUUGCCGCCUCUUCUUCGGAUGAGUCCGACAAAGACUCCGAUUUAAACUCCCUCGACAGCAGCGAUCUGGAGUUCAUCAACGACGAUGACGAGGAGGACUCAGACUGUGAUAUUCAGCGCAAAAUAAUGGAGGCGCGACAGCGUCGUUUGUUCCGGUUGCGCAAUAAAGAUAAGUUGGUGCCGUCGUACAGCGGUCCUUUCGUAGGCAUUCCCAAUGACGAGCAUCCGCUGCGGAACUUUGACGAGAUGGAGCGUAUCGCACCGUUGACCGCGGUGUACUUCAGUGAGCUGCUGGAGAACGAGCUGAGUGCACUGGCGAGCGGGAACGCCGUCAUCCCCGCGGUUGGUGAUGAGGACCUCAGCGCCGAAGAACGCGACGCAAGGCUGCAGAGAGCCCUUAUGGAGGCGGCACUAAAGAACCGACGUGAUAUGACGGACCACGAGCUGAAGGCAUUGCACGAUUUGAUAAGCGCGAAUGGCCGAAUCUCGACUAAAAUGAUCAUCAAGGCUUUGAAAGAACAGCAGCUUUGCGUUGGUGUCGCGAAGGCUGAGAUAGGGCGCACGAUCAAGCGCUUGUACGAGCGGCGGCAUGGUUCGCUUUUGCUGCGUGAAAAACCGUGGUCGCCAACGGACGAGCGUCUUUUCACUCCCGCGCCCGCCGUCAAGAAACCAAAGUCGACGGAUAACGGCGGCAGCGGAAAAUUAGCGGAGGAGGACGACAAAGAUGAUGCAGAUGACGAAAACGAAGAGGAUCACGUGGCGAAGGAGGAAAAGAUCGAAGUGAUGGAACCGGCUACCGAUGCAGCGUCUGGCAAUGGUGCCCUGCCUCCCGCGCCACCACAGAAUGACGAACGUGUGGUUCACACCGCCGCACUGACAGGCACCGUCGUAGAAGCGAAGGAAGAAAGCGUACCGAAGGUGAAGCAAAUGACGCUCACCGAGAUGCUGCCGAGGGUCGGCGCUGUAAAGGACACAAAGCGGCCGCGCGAAGACGAGCAGCCGGGGGACCGGAAUGGCGGCGUUAUCGCAUCAAUUGAUGAUUAA